CGAAAAUAAAGUUUAUGCAAAGUACUACCGUAUUACAGUAUUAUAAAUGUUAAAUUUAAUAUAUUUUGCUGCUGUCAAAAUUUCUAAUUUUCUUUCAUUUGCUAUAUGUCAAAAUAGGCUAGACAAAUCGAAUUAUAGAAAUUAUAUAACCUAUAGGAAAUCAUGAAACUUACUCUAAUAUGAAAACUGAAUGUUUUGUGUGAAAUGGAAGAAUAUCAGAAUAUUAUUACAUACACUCAUUGAUUGAAUCAUAAUUAUACAAACAAUCUGAGAUAUCAGCAUCGAUAACCGAUGGCUGCCAUGGCUACUUCAAGAAAUCAAGUUCUUCUUGGUGUUCUGGAUGAAAAAAUUGGAACAACAACAAUUUCAUUAAAUGUAAACAGAGUUGGUGGAAGAGUCAAUCUAAAUCAGUCAAAGUCGGUUGGUACUGUUGUGCCUAGUUGUGUGUUAUGUGGUGAUAGCCAAAUUUUAGUAACACAUCUCUAUUGUCCACUAGAUGUUUCAUCACACCACCGAAUACUGUGUGUAUUUAGUUGUUCUCGUUCAUCUUGUUGGAGUAAGAGCAAAGGUUGGACGGUUUUAAGAAUACUGAUUUCUGAUAAAAACAGUUUGGAAAUUGAGAAGUCCACAAAUGUUUCGGAAGAAGUUUGGGGGGAUGGUGACGAGAAUGAAUGGGGAGAUGGUGACGAAACUGAAUGGGGAGAUGAGAGCGAUAUGAAUAGUUCUAGAAAAAUUGUUGCAGAAGAAAAAGAUGUUUCUACUAAACUCAGUCAAAUGAAGAUCUCAAAUAAUCACAAGAACAUUAUUUCAUGUAAAUAUGAUAAUGCAACUAUGGAACAUCCAUCUAAAAUUUAUCUUCCUGCAUAUUAUAUCAAUGUAUAUGAUGAAACUGAAUGUGUCAAAUUAACACAGAAGACGAAGAAAGGAGAGCAAAAUUAUUCUCUUUCUUCUGAUGAAAUGAAACAAUAUGCUGAUUUUGCCAGUGGUAAAUGCACAUUGAAUCCUGAAAGUUAUGAGCGUACUGAGCAAAAUGAUAAACUAUUUUACAAAUUCUGGAAAACUAAUCAAAUCUGCCCUGAGCAGAUUAUUCGUUACUGCCAUGGUGGAACGCCAUUGCAUGCGAAAAAAUCAAAUGAUAAAAUACCCAUUUGUCCUGACUGUGGAUCUCUCCGGGUGUAUGAAAUGCAAUUAAUGCCAGCCCUUUUACCAUGUUUACAGACAGACAGCUUCUCCCUAGAGUUUUCUACUGUCCUUGUAUAUACAUGUUCAAAAAACUGUUCAAAUGAUGGUGAUUUGAGUGUUAAAAAAGAAUACUUAAUUUAUCAAGAUGAUCCAGAUUUAUCUUAUUUUAAGGGUCAAAAACAAUGCACAAGUUAACACAAUAUAUAUUAGAACUUAAGCAGUUUUCGCAUCGCGUUCCUUUCGGUUGCCAAGUCAUCAACCAUUGAGCUGCAACAAUACUUUGCUAGAAUUUUAAUUGCGGAUAUUUACACCUCAUAGGUCAUAAUUAGCAGAGUUUGGUACAUCAGAUUGUGAACCUUUGCAUGUGGCAUUAUUUGGUUUUCACAUUACAUAAUGUAAUAAUUCCGGUACUUCGGAAAAAAAUUGAAACUUGGGGUGGAUUUAUUUCUUUAGUUGAAAUCAAUGCAGCUUCUACAUUUGCAUAAAUUUAUUUAUAAUUAAAAUCAUCAAUAUUAAUUUUGUUCAUCUACAUUUGUAUGUCUAUUAAAAACCAGUUGCUAUGGCAUUAUUGGGAUUUGCAUUCAACUUAGAAUUAUGUUAUUAAACCGAUUGACUUUUUUGUUUUCUGCAGAA